CAGCCUCCUUUACACCUCUUUAACUUUUGCAACGUGCGACUAUCUCUUCUUCUUCUUGUUUCCGCGGGCACCUGUUCCAACAAUAUGCUUGCGUCGGGUGAAAAAGCCCUGUAGAGCCGGGCGUUUGACUCCCAACUUGGCACUUGAUGGAUAUUUGUGACAGCUGUGGAAAGUUGCCCUGCGUCGGGGAGCAUGGGCGCAAACUUUAAAAGCUUUUCUGUAUAAUCAAGAGACAGUGUUUUUUUUUUUGUUUUGUUUUUUAACAAUGAAGGCAGGUGAGUCACCCCUCGCGUGAGAGGCGCGCAAAGCUCCGGGGCUCUCCAGGUACUGGAAAAAGGAAAGGCGACACGGAAGAAGUCGUGAUCUGUGCGGCGGAUUGCGCCACGGAGGACGGAGGGAACGGACCGAUGAGACAACAUGGGUCCAUUGCUGUGUGAUGGACGACUGACACACCUCCUCUUUCCUCUCCUUCUCCUCUUACGGGCUCCCCUGCUGUUCAGCUUUGGUGAGCGCACCUGUCCCAAUAGCUGCCGAUGUGAGGGGAAAACUGUCCAUUGUGAUUCGGCUGGCUUCUUAGAUGUCCCAGAAAACAUCUCAGUAGGCUGCCAAGGCCUCUCCCUGCGCUACAAUGAUCUGCACACCCUGCUACCGUAUCAAUUUGCUCACCUCAGCCAGCUUCUCUGGAUAUACUUGGACCAUAAUCAGAUUUCAGCUGUUGACAGUCGAGCAUUCCAGGGCGUCCGCAGGCUUAAAGAGCUGAUACUGAGCUCCAACAGGAUCACAUCCCUGCACAAUUCAACAUUCCAUGGAAUUCCCAAUCUUCGCAGUCUGGACUUGUCCUACAAUAAAUUGGAAAUCCUGCAGCCAGGGCAAUUCCAUGGCUUACGGAAACUGCAGAACCUACACCUACGCUCAAAUGGUCUCUCCAACAUCCCGAUCCGAGCAUUCCUGGAGUGCCGAAGUUUGGAGUUUUUGGAUUUGGGCUACAAUCGAAUCAAGGCUCUUACCCGCACCACCUUUCUGGGGCUGCAGAAGCUGAUGGAGUUGCAUCUGGAGCACAACCAGUUCUCACGGAUCAACUUUUUCCUGUUUCCACGCUUAGCCAAUCUGAGAUCACUCUAUUUGCAAUGGAACCGCAUUAAGGUGGUUAACCAGGGCCUCCCGUGGACUUGGUAUACACUGCAGAAACUUGACCUGUCUGGAAAUGAAAUCCAGACCCUGGACCCUGCUGUGUUUCACUGCUUGCCCAACCUUCAAGUCCUCAACCUGGAGUCCAACAAACUGUCCAAUGUGUCUCAGGAGGCGGUGUCGGCGUGGAUCUCACUGACCUCCAUCAGCCUGGCUGGAAACAUGUGGGACUGUGGAACUGGCAUAUGCCCACUUGUAGCUUGGUUGAGGAAUUUUCGGGGUAGUAAGGACACCACUAUGAUAUGCAGCAGCCCAAAGUAUCUGCAGGGAGAAAAAAUUAUGGAAGCCACAAGGAGCCAUGGUAUUUGUGAGGAAACUGAUUAUGUUCUGACAGAAACACCCUCACCAAUGUCAGAGCUCAUUUCUGAAGCCACCGGUGAACCAACCUUUGCCCCCACUAGCGGCUCUCCACCUUUGCCACCAGCCAACACCUUUGGUCCUGUCCCGCCAUUCAGACCUCGACCGAUUCCUCACCCUACCUUCCCAGGGCAUAUGAGCAAAGACCCAAGAGACUCGGUUCCUCGCGUACGACCCACUCUCCCACCACCCCCAGAGCUGGAGCACAUGACUCUGCACAAAGUGGUGGUGGGCAGCGUGGCACUCUUCUUCACCAUGUCCCUAAUCUUGACAAUUAUCUAUGUGUUGUGGCGGCGCUAUCCCGGUGCAACCAGGUUGCUGCAGCAGCGAUCCAUGGUGGGGCGGAAGCGUCGCAAAAAGAGUCCUGAGCCGGAGCAGAACCUGAGCUCCCAGCUCCAAGAGUAUUACAUGAGCUACAACCCUGCUGCCACACCAGAGGCAUUGGAGGUGCUAGGCAAUGGCACUGGUUCCUGCACAUGCACAAUUUCUGGCGCCAGGGAGUGUGAGAAUGAGUAUACAUGCCCACGCCCCCUACCUGGUGCCUGGUUGGGAGAUGUGCCUACCAUCCAUUAACCCCUAAAAGGAACUGCUUUGGUUGGCGCAGCAACCACACUGACACAGGGAUACAGGAGAGAGACAUAUGCAGAGAACCCAUCAGGAUCCUACUCCCAUACUUCAGAUUCAUUUUCAAAUUGUCCUCCACGCUAACAAGGGCAACCACUGACCAAGACAUAGAGGAAAUAACACUGUCUUUUUCUUUCUUAAGAUUUUAUAAUGUCUUUUUUGUGGCCUGUGGUCUUUGGUCAUCAGCUUUGCUGCAUUCCAUCAUGCUCCAUCACUACACGGACACUGACACAGACGGUUGUGGGAAUGCAGGCAUUGGACAAAGACUCGUGAGCACUAAUGGAUGGUUAUAACCAACACGGGAGCUUAUUGUAUAGACCAUAAACCCUAUUGUCUCCAUGAGGACAACGUGGCAUUGUUUUAAACACAGGCGAUGAGACUGUACAAAUUCAAGAGGCUUUAAAAAAGUGUAAACUGAGCAAUGAAUCCUUAAAGAAAAUGCACUGAACAAGUGGCUCCGACCGCUCUGCUAACAACAGCUGUGUAUAAUUUAAAGUGAUUUUUGAUUCCAUAUGAAGCAUCAUGUUAUCACCUUUCAAUAUAUAUAUAUAUUUUUUAAGGAAGACUAAUCAAAGGCUCGGAUGGUGUAAAUGUGCCUCACUGGAGCAGAAACAUUAUGAAAGGAGUUUCUGUGGAAUCCGCUCCAUCAGGUGGAAAUCAAGUCAGCAGCCGGAGGAUCGUUUGAAGCCUGUGAAAAGUUGCCAGAGGAAAAAGAAAGCUAUCCCCCCCAGCCAAUGACCUUUGGUGAAGUUUUUUUUUUGUUUGAUUGUUUGCCUCUUUUUUUUUAAUUUUUUUUAAAGCCCGUUUUUCUAAGUUGUUUCUAAUUGCAAUCAAACCUCGACUAUCCAGUUUGAUUUGGAGGACAGUAAGGGCAAUCAGACGCAAAAGAGGGAAAAAAGAAAAAGCUCUUAUCAAGGGUGAAAUGUAAUUUUCUGAAAUUAUAAUGUUGUUAAUGUUGUAGUUUAUGAAUAUGUGUUUCUGCCAUCUUCAACACCAAAUACCAAAGAGCCAAAUGGAGCGAGUUUUUUUUGGCUCUCCCAACCAUGAGUUGUAACAGAUCCAGGAUUUGCUCUCUUAAAAGAAAUCCACGGAAAAAUCAAAAGACGCCUCAACCUCCCUCUCGUCCAGCAGUGCUCCAUUACCCAAUUGGCUUUUCUUUUUUCUUUUUAUUUUAAAUGUGUGUAAUGUGUACGUCUUUGUGAACAAGAUAACUCUGAGCACUGCUCACAUUUUAUGACUUACGUUGAAUACAUGCUUCACUUUCCUUAAAAUGAUCAACCCGUCUCUCCCCCCUCGAAGAGACUGCAGAUGUUGCUGUGUGUGUUUCAUCCGUUUUGAGUUCUGAAUUAUAUCUGAGACGCAUUGAGUUGUGGAUUGUUUGUUUCAACCUUCAGACAUAAUCUUUCUACACCAGAAAAUGAUUAUUUUCUAUUGUAAAUUUCUGCUUUCCCCCCCUUGAAUUUGUUGAUAUUUAGUAAGCAGCUGUAUUCUUUGUUCACU